AUGAAUUCAAUACAUUUCAGUUUAUUAAUAUUAUUCAUAUAUUGGCCAAUAAAUUGUCUUGCUGGUAGUGGGCAUCAUCAUCCAACUAUAUCCAUCGUAAAUGUAGCAACACCAAUUUGCCCAUCUGGUUUUAAUUUAGAAGCUGGAAAUAUAUGUGUUGGAUUUGAAGAAUUACAACCUGAAAGAAUUUGUACUAAUGGUGCAACAUUAACUAGUGAUCUUAUGUGUCUUAAUACAAUAUCUCCAGUAAUGCAUUGCCCUAUAAAUUAUUCAUUAAUAGGGGAAAAUAUGUGUCAAAGAGUUAUUGAGACUCCACCUAUUGCUGUAUGUCCAAUUGGAUUUACAAUUACUGAUGGACAAAUGUGUACUGGUAGCAAGACUAUAUCACCAAUUAAAAGUUGUACAUCAGGAGUUUUAGGUAAAUCCCAAGAUGAAUGUAUUGUUCAAAAAACUGUGAGCCCAAUAGCUGAAUGUCCAAGUAGUGAAUAUACUUUAUUAAAUAAUAAUCAAUGUUCAAGAGAAAUCUUAUAUGAUUGUACACCACCGCCAAGAAUUGCUAUUGAAGGACAUCAUCAUCAUCAUCACCACUAUAUUACAGCUAUCCCAACUCAAGUAGUUGCACGUACAUGUUCAAAAGUUGAAACUGUACCUGCAAUAUUAAAUUGUCCACCAGGUAGUGUGAGUGAUUCAAUUAAUUUUGGUUGUACAAUAACAACAAGUACACAACCAAUAGAUAUCUGUCCAGGUAAUUCUAUGAUGUCAAAUGGACAAUGUGUAGAAGUAAUAACAGUUCCAGCAGAACUUGAAUGUCCACCAAAGAAAGUGCCAAUACCAACAAAAUCAAAUGUCUAUGAUGGUAAAUUCCAUAGCCUUGAAAAUGCAGAAGUAAAUUCAUUACAAAAUAUUCAAACAUUGAAUACAGAUACUCAAUAUGCAUAUAAUGAUAGCCAAAGUAGUUUUAUUCCUCAAGCGAUGAUAACAAGAAGAAAAUUAGCUAAGAGAGGUCAUCACCAUCACUAUAUCCCAACAAUCCCAGCUGCACCAACUCCAGUUGUAUCCCAAAAGGUUAUUGUACAACCACAGACAAAAAAAUGUGAAGAAUUUGAAACUAUUCCAGGAGAACUUAUUUGCCCAGAAGGGUUUACUGACAAGGCUGACAAGGGUCUAUGUCAAUCAUUAUUACCUGCUACUUUAAAUUGCCCUGCUGGUUCAAAAAUAAAUGAAAGUGGUAAAUGCAUUAAAAGAAUUACUGCUGAAGCAACAAUUUUAACUCAACAACAACAAGUACUUCAAACAUAUCAUCAUCAUCAUCACUAA